AAUGACUACAACUGCACUUGCGUGCCUGGCUUUGUAGGAAAGAAUUGCUCAAAUAGUAAGUCUUUUAAGAUGAAAUCAAGUCUUAAAAAAGAUUGAGAUUUUCGGAUUAACACCGAACAGCAAAUGGUAAUCGUAUUCCAAGUACAUCGGUCCACGACUUCGCUUGCUCGUUUUGAAAAAGGCGUUUUGCAUAAGUUACAGAUCCAAGUUCCCUUACUUGUUUUGAAACUUACGAAGAGGAUCCCUCUAUACAAGGAAAAAGGCACACUAAUUGAUAUUUCUCCCAUGGGCAAUUUUAAUUUGGGCAAGAUUAGUUUGAAAAGAAUUUCCCUUGUGGAGUCAAGCCGAUGUGGAAUAAAACUAAACGCCUUCAAUUGAUGCGACAAGUGAAUCUUCUAUAAUUAUGUGUUCCUUAAUUUUGUAGACAUGGAUAUUUUAUUGUCGUCAAUCCUUACCAUGUUUUUUUUUUCUUCAGACACUGAUGACUGUUAUCCAAACCCGUGUCUAAACAACGGAACAUGUACAGACGGAGUGAAUGACUACAACUGCACUUGCUUGCCUGGCUUUGUAGGAAAG